CAGAAUUUAAGCCAUGGCUGUGAUUCCUGAGCUGCAGGUAUCCUUCUGGAUGGACAAAGCAGUGACGUGGGGUCAGGCUACAUCUCUUUCCGCUCGACUGGAUACCACCAAACACCUAAACUCACUGAGGAGCUUCCUCCAGCAGCUCCUGGAGAAAUUGCAGUCAAUGAGCUCCACCGCUGAGGCCAUGAAGAACCUACCCUUUGUGGGCCAGUUCUUGGGAAGACUUUGCUGGAACCCAUAUGUUACUGCAGAUGGUAAAUUUAUGACACUCCUACUUGCUGGGGGAGAAAGCAGCAGGCUCCUGCUGCAGUGUGUGUGGCAUCUGUAUAGUGUAAACCCCCAGAAUGCUGUGGAGCGCAGGGCCAAUGAGUGGAUACAGAAUUUGUUGUACCACCUAACAUCAGAAGAAGAAGGCAGUGUGGGGCAUGCUCUGGAAAAGCACUCUGGUUCCUUAAACCAGCAUUAUUAUUCAGAGACCCUUAAAAAGAUGGUGGCAUUACUGACUGAGGAGGUCAGUAUGAAUCGUAUCUCUUCAACUCCCUUUACAGAAAGGUGCUCAUGUAAUCGUCUCCGUGCAGUGUCCGUUGCUUGUGUCCCCUUAGUCACAUGUCCCCUAGUGGCUCCUCUCACUGGGGCUCUGCUGAAGCACCAGGUUUCUUGUGGUUGUUCUCAUCUCAGUGAGGAGUUCAUAGAGGCAGUGAGCACUGCCUGGCUCAGUAAGAAGCUGGUGAUUGAAGACUUGGCUGUAAUUGCCCUGUGGUGUCAUAGCCUGUCUAGCCUGGAGAGGGCAGUGCUAAGUCUGCUUGAGUCUGUUUUAUCUGACCAAGGAUCAGUGAUGCAGAGUCUGGAAAAAACUGUCACUGACUCUUUACUGCCAAAAGCAUCAGCGCUGCACUGCCACCUCUCUCUGUUAGUAAAUGAUGUUUUCAGGAAUGUGCUGAUGACAAUGGAGGAGAAUCUGGCUGUGAGGUCACUCAUACAGGUUUUUACUGCAUGCUUUCUCCAGAUCCGCACUGACCAGAAUCCAGAGGAAAGACCCCCACUGAAGGCCUUUUUUCCACAUGUACCCCAAAGCCUCCUCACACCUUUAUUGACCACACCAUCAGAGGUUCCAAAGCAGGCCUGGCUGCAGCACCUGUGCUGGAUUAGGGAGUUAGUGCAGGAGAUCCUGUGUGAGAGAAACGGAGAAGAAGAGGGGAAGGAGAAGGAGGAGGAAGAAAAGAGCAGAAGGCAGCGCAGGGCUGUGUUUGAGACCUGGUUCUUGCUGGUGCAGUGUGGACACUGGGUGGACGCAGCUGCUGAGCUGCUGGUCUCUGUAGGAUCUGAGGAAUCUGAACCUCUGCUCUUCCUCCUGACGUUCUACCAUCACCCCACCAACAGAGGGCACCAAAACACUCAGCAGACUAUGGUGGCAAGAGAGGCAUGGAGUCAUCUGAGGAUCCUCUUCCUCACCCACACUCCUCCCCCUGAGAAACUGUCUCCUGUGCAGGAGCUUCUCUCCUCCAUGUUUUCUACAAACCUCGUCCUCCAUCUUCUUCUUAACUUUGCCGUGUUUUCUCAAGCGUCUGCCAGCAGUGUCAGCGAGGUCAUACAGAAGCUGCUGAUGGAGGCUGGUAUGAGGCGUAAGGCGGCGUGGAUACUCUCCUCCGUGCAGCACAGACUAAACAGAGCAGACUUGCUGGAUGCCAGAGUUCACUCCAGACUGAAGACGCUUCAGGACAGCCUUGCUCCAGCCAACGCCCCAGGUUGCACGUAAACACUGCAACAUGCCCGAACCCUGGCUCUCGCAGAAGCUUCAUCCAAACAGAUGUAGCCUCAGGCAUCCGUGUGUUUCCGAUGGUCCCCGUCAGCUGCUUCCACACAGAGUCCUGAGACUGCAGAGAUGAUCUCGAACCCUGCACCAGCGUGAACACAGGAAAGAGACACGUCAACUAAAUGUAAAUUACACACAGAAGAAUACUUUUCCUCUUACCCCAAAUGUGGUCAAUCAGCCUAGAAAAACAAUCAGUGUGGUCGGUAUGUGUGAUGCAAAUUAAGGCUGAGCAAAAACGUCAGACAGUGAAAAUAUCGAUGGACCACAUUUAAAAGGGAUUCCACUGAUUUCCUUCACCAAUCUAAAAUGUUUAUCCAAGUUGUAGAGCUCCACUCUACAGAAACUUAGAACCCAUUUAUACCAGGUCAAUGUGUGUGUCCUGAUAUACUUUUACACUUGGUAGUAAAAUGUGUCUGUUUAUUCAGGCAGAAGUUCAAUGCUGUCUCGGGCACGAUUGAUGAGUUUACACUGCUAUAAUGUGGCUCAGACGCUUCUCAGAUGCUUCACCUACUGAAGUGAUUUGAGUAAAGGGAUUUGUAUUAUUUUGUAUUAAAAAGUAAGUGUUUUUACAUUUACUUGUUUUGGCUUUAUCUAGAUCUAAAAUCUAGAUAAAAACAAUAAUAUUUAAAACACACGGAGUGACCUGGUAUAAACAGGGUCUUACACUGUCUGAACUGUUUACAGUGGUGCUGUUGGUUGAACAGAUAUGUGGAGAUUGCGGUGCCUCUAAAAGCAACAUAAAAAUGUCUUUCUUCAUAUAAAUAUGUUUUUAUGAGCUUAAAUUUACCCCCCAAUAAUUUUUUUAUAUCACAUGAUGCUUCCUGCGACAACCAACCUAAUAACUGUUUACAUUAUUAAGAGACUUUACACUGCAACGUUUCCCACAUCACCACCUGUAUGUGUAAGUAUGUAUGUAUGUAAAUUCAUUAAUAAAUAAUAUGUAGUUUUCUACAA